AUGGGCUCUGACGAAAAUCGAAAGCCACAAAACAAUGCGAACAAGCGUUUCCCGAUACCGAAAACAAGUGAAUCGGGUGAUGGUGCGACGAAGAAAGGAUCAGCCAAAAGCGGGAAAAGCAGCACAUCUGAUAGUUUUGGUAGCAACAAGAAACCAGUUGAAGGCAAUGCGAAUGGAAAGCGACACAAGUGUUCAUUGUGCGAUUAUGACACUUCCUACAAAGGCCACUGGAAAACUCACAUGUUCAAUCACACUGGCGAACGACCAUUUCCAUGCAGCCUGUGCCAAAAGAAAUUCAUAACAAAACAACAUCUCCAAUCGCACAUGAGAACACACGUCGAUGAAUUUCCGUUCAGCUGCUCAAAUUGUUCGCAAGGAUUUCAUCGCAACGAGGAGAAAGUGGAACAUGAAACCGGUUGCACGGUUCGUCGCUAUGAGUGUUAUCAGUGCACGGAAUACUCUACAUUGGAUAAGUGGAAUCUGAAAUGUCAUCUGCUUGUGCAUACCGGCGAGAGACCAUUCGAAUGCGACCAAUGCUCAAAGACAUUCAAGCGUAAAAAUGCUUUGAAAUACCACCGCAAAACUCACGUCAAUCCUCGUCCUUUGAAAUUGAAGUGUUCAUCUUGCUUCAAGAACUUCGCACAACAGAAGGAAAAGGAAAAUCAUGAAGCCAACUGUAAGCGACGCGGAUACCGAUGCGAAUUAUACAAGAGCUACACAACUGAUCAUAAACCAAAUUUGAUGGGACACAUGCGAAUCCACACUGACGAAAAGCCAUUCCGAUGUGAAAUAUGCUCGAAGUGCUUCUCGCAAACGGCUAGUCUCAUCCAACACAAGAAGAUUCACAAAAAGCACCGAAAUUUCCUUACAAUGAAUGGUCACGGCACAGAUCCGCCUGAUAGGCAACACUUAAAUGACAUUGCAUUACAAAAUGAAUCAAUUUUGUGUGGAAUGGAAAUAAAACAGGAGCCGACCGUCAAACAAGAGAGCGAAGUCUCCGGCGAAAUUUUGAUGGUAUCGCGGUCAAUACACCCAGCCAUUGGAUCGCUUGACAAUUCGAUUGGUGGUGCAGAAGCGGAUGACAGCGACAGUUGCUUUGAUUUCUUCGACCUGGAUGAAGUAAAAUCGGAAGUGAAGAUUGAAAAUGUUAAGGAUGAGGCGAAUCAAGUUCCACGGAAGGACUCUGACAAAAAUCUAAGGCCACAAAGCAAUGUGGAGAAGAAGAAUUCCAAAUCGAAAUUAAGUGGACCGGAUGAUGGUGCGGCAAAGGAAAGCUCAGCCAAAACAGGGGAAGAGGGCACAGCAAACAGUUUUGGUAGCAAGAAGAAACCCUCUGAAGGCAAGGCAAAUAGGAAGCGGCACAAGUGUUCAAUGUGCGAUUAUGUCACCGAUUUCACAACCGAUUUGAAAAGACACAUGUUCAAGCACCCUGGCGAAAGACCAUUUCCAUGCAGUGUGUGCCAAAAACGAUUCACCCAAAAACAUUGCCUACAAUCGCACAUGAAAGCACACGUCGAUGAGUUUCUGUUCAGUUGCUCAAAUUGUUCGCAAGGAUUUCAUCGCAACGAGGAGAAGGUGGAACAUGGAACUGGUUGCACGAAGGAAAAGGAAAAUCAUGAAGCCAACUGCAAGCGACGCGGAUACCAAUGCGAUUUGUGCAAGACCUACGCAACUGAUCGUAAAUCACAUUUGAUGAACCACAUGCGAAUCCAUACUAGCGAAAACCCAUUCCGAUGUGGAACAUGUUCGAAGUACUUCUCGCAAAAGGCUAGUCUCAACAAGCACCAGAAAAUUCACAACAAAAAGAAGGAGCCAACCAUCAAACAAGAGAUUGGAAGCCCCGACGAAAUAUUGAUGAUGUCGCGGUCAGCAUACACAGCCAUCGGAUCACUUCACAAUUCGAUUAGCGGUACAGAAGUGGGUGACAGCGACGAUUGCUUCGAUUUGUAUGGUACGGAUGAUGUGAAAUCGAAAGUGAAGAUUGAAAAUGUUAAGGAUGAGGCAAAUCAAGUUCCACGGAAGAGCUUUGACAAAAAUCGAAAGCCACAAAGCAAUGUGGAGGAGAACAACUCUAAAUCGGAGCCAAGUGAACCGGAUUAUGAUGCGGCUAAGAAAAAAUCAGCUGAAACCGCGGAAGAGGGCACAGCUUACAGUUUCGGUAGCAAGAAGAAACCAACUGAAGGCAAGGCAAAUGGAAAGCGACACAAGUGUUCAUUGUGCGAUUAUGUCACAAACAUUAAGACCAAUUUGAAAAAACACAUGUUCAAGCAUACUGGCGAACGACCAUUUCCAUGCAGCGUGUGCCAGAAACGAUUCACUCGAAAACAACAUCUCCUAUCGCACAUGAAAAAACACGUCGAUGAGUUUCUGUUCAGCUACUCAAAUUGUUCGCAAGGAUUUCAUCGCAGCGACGAGAAGUUGGAACAUGAAACCGGCUGCAAGAUUCGUCGCUAUGAGUGUCAUCUGUGCAAGGAAUACUCUACAUUGGAUAAGACGAAUUUGAAACAUCAUCUGCUUCUGCAUACCGGCGAGAGACCAUUCGAAUGCGACCAAUGCUCAAAGAGAUUCAAGCGCAAAAAUGCUUUAAAAUAUCACCGCAAAACUCACACCAAUCCUCGUCCAUUGAAAUUCAAGUGUUCAUCUUGCUUCAAGAACUUCGCUCAACAGAAGGAGAAGGAAAAUCAUGAAGCCAAUUGCAAGCGACGCGGAUACCGAUGCGAUCUGUGCAAAACCUACACAACUGACAAAAAAGGAGAUUUAAUGAAGCACAUGCGAGUCCACACUGGCGACAAGCCAUUCCGAUGUGAAACAUGCUCGAAGUGCUUCUCACAAAAGACACAUCUAAACCAACACCGGAAAAUUCACAAGUAG